CGCAUUUAAUUACUGGAAAAAGAAGAAGCAGCAGCGGGUCGGGACAGCACCGCCCCUACACCUCCACCCUCCACCCUCCACUCCGUCCCGGCUCCUCGACCUCUCCGGUUCGGAGCUUUUACGCAGCGGAGCAGGAAACGUUGACGCGUUUCCAGCGGAGCUCAGGGUUGAGGGUUAGAUUCCCACCGGACUAGAGGACUAGAGGACUAGAGGACUAGAGGAGUGUCCUGUCCCCUCGGAGGAGCUUGGUGCUGUUGGGUCCGGGGUUCUGGAGCUUCGGUCCGGGACCUGGUCUCCGGUCACUCCGCAGCUCCGAGGAAGGAAAGCGAGAAACCACCUGUUGUGGAAGUUUCCUGGAGCUUUUCCCGGAUUAACCCGGACCGAGCCGAGCCGAGCCGAGCCGUGUUGCCAUGGUGACCGGGAGGAAUGAGGGAUGGCUCGGGAGGACGCGCUGAGGUGUUUGAGGUGUUUGUUAUACGCGCUGAACCUGUUACUCUGGCUGAUGUCAGCGUUGAUCCUGGGGGGGGCAGCAUGGAUCAGAGACACUCUGAACACCGUCCUCACCCUGACAGCUCACACCAGGCUGGAGGAGGCCGCCGUCCUCUCCUACUCUUCAGCCGUUCAUCCCGUCCUCAUCACCGUCUGCUGCUUCCUCAUCAUCGUGGCCACGGUCGGAUUCUGUGGAACGUUGAGACGUGACCUGCUGCUGCUCUCCUGGUACUUCUGCAGUCUGCUGGUGAUCUUCUGUGUGGAGUUGGCCAGCGCCGUGUGGACGUACGAUGAGUGUGUAUGUGUGUGUGUGUCCUUCCUUUAUCUCUGCAGCUGUGUGUGUUCAGUCUCACCUGACUGCAGGGGCUUCUGGUCGUCCCUGCAGCGCUCUGAUAUGAUCAGCCUGAAGACUCGCAUGCCCAACUAUGGCCUGCAGCGCUACCAGUGGCUAACACACACCUGGAACAGCUUCCAGACCCAGUUUAAAUGCUGUGGGGUGAUCUACUUCACUGAUUGGCUGGAGAUGACGGAGCUCGAGUGGCCACCUGACUCCUGCUGCUCCAAUCAGUAUCCAGGCUGCGCUCGCCACGCCCACCUCCACGACCUCAGCGAGCUCCACCAACAGGGCUGUGGUCCAAAGAUCUACAGCUUCAUCCGGGGGACGAAGCAGCUGCAGGCGUUGCGUUUCCUGGGCGUGUCCAUCGGCGUGGCCCAGAUCCUCGCCAUGGCGCUCACCCUCAUGCUGCUCUGGGUGCUUCACUAUGGACGCAAGUCUCCAGAGAUGGACUCAGCGUCUCCGGCCGAGUCCGCGCCAGCCAACGAGUAAAGACUGAAGGAUUCGUUACUGGUUCAACCUUCACCAGGAUCUAAAACCUUCAUGACGGAGAAGCAGAGAGUCAGGGAGGACCGAGGACGGAGCCCUGAGGAACUCCUCAGAUUCCUGUUUCCUCCGUAUUUAAACCAGUCAGUGUUUCAGACUCUGGUUUGUUUGAGGCAGUUUUGUAGGAAACGGUACGAAGAGAAGCAGAAUCAUAAGACUGAACUGAACCACGUUCUCCUCCAAUGAAUCAGACUCACUCGCUCUGAGUUUCGGAGGCGAAUCAGGAGGAAGUUAUUUAUGAAGCUCAACAAAUGACCAAAGUUCUUCACAGAGAGAUUCACUGAGCGACGAUUAGAAUAAAACCACAGGAAGUGUUGAAGCUUCAUGUUGUAUAUGAGGAGCUGCAUGGGGUUGAGUAUUUAAUAUUUGUCUUAGCAAAGCGUUUGAUUCAUUUGUCACUGGAAUAAAAACUACACUGAGUUAGA